AUUCCCAUUUUAUCAUUCAAAGAAGAGAAGACACUCAAUUGGUCAACAUUUGGAUUUAACAGAAGUAAUCAUGGAACCAAAUAUUGAGAAAACACGCCAACGCCACACGAAAUUCGAGCAACUCUUCGGAACCGGAACCGGCACCCAACCCAACAACUCGCCCUACCAAAAUCUGUCGGAUAUGCCAUUUUGGCCGAGCAAAGUCCAGGAUAACGCCAAGAUGUAUCUUCCGCCGUGCAUCGAUCCGAAGACUGCAGCGGAAAUUAAGAAAAUCGAUUUGACAACCGAAUUCCGUGGAAAUCAGCCAGUGUUGUCGUACACAAUCACUUGGUUGGAGAAGAAGACGGACAAGAAGUUAGAGGGAUCUAUCAAAAGUUCUUCGAAAAAGACAGAAUCGCAGAGUAGAUCUGUAACCAGCUCUUUGUCGGAUGAUUCGUUGGAAGCUAAGUCGCCCGUGCAAUCGGCCAAGAAAAUUUCGUCAAUGAUGAAGUUUUCAGGAAAAGCUCGAUGCGAUGGUCCGUGUGCUCGAAUUAUCGAAUGGACAGAUACCGUCAUAUUUGGAUGUGAUCAUGUGAUCUGUUCGGGUUGCCGUAAAAAAGCAUCAAGCACUCCAUUGUUCGAUGGUUCUCCCGGAUGUUGUAAUGAGUAUUGUAUUCAACUUGCAAAGGCAAACGGGGAUAAGGUCUGCGUUGGGCAAUCGGAAUCUGUUACCUCGAACAUUUCGUACGCCGGAGCAAUCGAAUCGAUUCCAAUUCAUGUCUGCAUUCUGAAGAACCAAGGUCACAAUGUUCUCCGAGCCCAAUUGGAAUUGGAGUUCCCGUCUUCGGCGCGGCUUUCUGCUAUUGUCAGAGCCUUGUUUCCUUACAAAGAUCUGUUGAAGAAGUCCCGCUUCUACUACAGCAUCCAGAAGCCCAUGAGCCGAGCCGAUCUCCUGCCGAUCUCGCUGACUGACACUAAUCUUCGUUUCCACGAUAUUGUCAACAUGAAUUCGGAGCCGAUUUUGUACUUGAUCGUUGUCGGGAAGGACAUUCACUUUUCGGAUUGAGCCCUGGCAGAACACUGAUAAAAAUUGCUUCUUUUG